AGUUUCCAACACCAAACCAAAAAAAAAAUGGAUUUAACAAAAAUAAUAUCAUUCUCUCUAUUAUUCCUCUCUCUCCUAAUCCCGACGACGACGACUUCCACCAUUACAUGCACUAACGCCGCUUGUAGCCGUGACGGCCCGAUCAUCCGUUUUCCAUUCCGUCUAAAACAUCAACAGUCCCAUUCUUGCGGUUACGACAAAGGCUUCGACUUAACGUGCGAUAUUAACGCCGUUAACCGAACCACCAUAACGUUACCUUUUUCCGGUAACUUCACCGUCGAAGAGAUCGAUUACGCAGCUCAAGAGAUUUGGAUCAACGACCCAAAUAACUGUCUUCCUCAACGGAUCUUAGAGCUAAACCUCAACACGACGCCGUUUAGUGGCGUUUACAUGCGUCAGUUCACGUUCUUUAACUGUCCUACUUCAGAGUAUCUCCGUUUUAGGCCGUUGAAUCCGAUAACGUGUUUGAGUGGUAAAAACAGCACGGUGUUUGCUACUCCUUCGCCUAGAGUGAUAAACUACUUGUCGUCUCAAUCAUGCCGGUUAAUGAAAACCGUUUAUGUCCCGGUUCGUUGGCCGUUUUAUGAGCAGAUCGUGUCGUCUUCGGAUUUGAGUGAUAACCUCUGGCUCACUUGGAGGGUUCCGAGAUGUAGUAGGUGUGAGAUUAAAGGUGGUAAAUGUGGGAUUAAGAGUAAUUCUUCUAGUGAAAUCAUUUGCUCUGAUGUUCAUAAACCAGCUAUUCCGAGAAGAGCUCGUUACGCAAUAGCCAUCGGCGCCGGAAUCCCAGGAGCUUUAAUCGUCUUUGGUCUUUUCUGUUUCAUUUACAGCAAAAUCAGUUCAUGCAUUAAACGACGCCGUCUCGUCCCAACCCCAGAGAUCAACCACGCUCAAGCCCAUUAUUUACAUUCUAGUGUCAACGUAAUGGGCCUUGAUGGGCCAACUAUAGAGUCAUACCCCAAAAUAGUAUUGGGAGAGAGCAAAAGGCUGCCCAAAGUAGAUGAUGCUACGUGUGCUAUUUGUCUAUCGGAGUAUGAGCCAAAGGAGACGCUUCGGACAAUUCCACCGUGUCAACAUUGUUUUCAUGCUGAUUGUAUCGACGAGUGGCUGAAAUUGAAUGGGACUUGUCCGGUGUGUCGGAACUCUCCGGAACAGAUUUUUCCGCCUGAGAACCAUAAUUCUUAAGUUAGUCUCUUUUGUGUUUUCUUUUUCGUUACAUCAUUUGUACUUUUGUAGUUAGUUCAAUACUCCAUCCGUUUUAAAUUAAACGCCGUUGUUAAGAUUGUUCUUAUAUACAUAUCAUAAAGAAGAGUUUUUAGU